AAUUGGCUAGGGUUUAAGGCGCGCCUGGCCAGCAUGGGUCAGCUGAUCGCGUACUAACGGGAAUCUCAGGCCCCCUGUUCCUUGUUGGGUGCCUCCCUGGCCUAGGGUCAAUUAGAUCCCGGUAUCCGCAGGCCUAGGGCCGGCAACUGCUGCUCUUUUCGUCUGGCCGCCUGCCCGAUGGAAGAGCCUCCCGGGAAGCCCCUCAGCUGUGAGGAGAAGGAAAAGUUAAAGGAAAAAUUAGCAUUCUUGAAAAGAGAAUACAGCAAGACACUAGCCCGCCUUCAGCGAGCCCAAAGAGCUGAGAAGGUAAAGAAUCCUAUCAAGAAAACAGAAGAACAAGAUUGCUUGCCCCAGCACUCACCACGACUAAACCACUCAGAACCUGAAAGUAAAGUAUCUCUUUGUGACAAGUUGCAAAUCAAUACACAUCUCGAUGAAGAAACUGGAGAAAAGACAUCUAUCACAAUUGAUGUUGAGCCUGAGCCCUUUAAUCCUGGAGAUGGCCCAGAAGGAUUAUGUAUACAAAGAACAGAUGACAUCCAAGAACAUUUUUCCUGUAGGGUCAGUGGCUCUGAUGACAAGAAAGGGCAGACUAUGCUGCCAGGGAGAAGAAAGAAACAUCAGAAGAGAACAUUUAUUUCACAGGAGAGAGAAUGUGUCUUUGACUCUAAUUCACUUAUAUUCUCUGGAAAAAAACAAAAGGAACAGAAAGAAAUCAAUAGCAAAAAUCCUAGGUCACUAGUUACUGAAAUAAAGACUCACCUUUCAAGUCCUAGGUCUGACCUUUCAGAUUCUCCAGCAUCAGUUACAGAAACGAGUGGAGAGAGUGUGUUAAUUCCACAAACUGCCAAACCAGAAAGAGUUGUCAAUACACUCAUAAGAGAAACUAACUUCACCAAGGAGACUACAGUUCCUCUGCAUAUUCCGUCAGAUAGCAGUAGUAGCCAGCACCUUGAGCACAUGCCUGCUAAAGGUAACUGUGAACUUACUGCUCAGGGCUUAAAAAACAUCAGCCUUGCUUCACCUGUAAACUUGGAGGCACAAGGCAAAAAGAUAACUGUCAUUACAAAUAAUCCAGUAGUAAAUAAGACUGUAAGUACAAGUGACCAGCUUCCUAGAAGUUCUAACUUAGGUAAUUCAUGUUCUAAAAAUGAACUCACUUACAGUAACUUAUCAGCAAAUGAAAAUCAAAAUGUGAAAGAACAAAGUCACACAGAGAAAUCUUUAAAAUCUCCCAGUAAUACUCUUGAUAGUGGAAGUGAAACUUUUCAGGAAAAUGAGGUUCUAAGUCAAUCUGAGAGUCUUAGCCUAGAAGCAGUCUCUCCUGCUACUACGGAAAGUCAAAUACAUUCUUGCACAAUACUUGAAGGCCUUCUGUUUCCUGCAGAAUAUUAUAUUAGAACAACACGACACAUGUCAAAUUCCCAGAAGAAAGUAGCCCUGGAGUCUGUAAUUCAGAGUCAUUUGGGUGUCAGGAAGAAAGGGCUUAAAAAUAAAAAUAAGGAAGCAAGUAAAAAUUUAAACCUUUCCAAUGAGAAAACUGAGCAAAGUGAAAUUAGAAUGAUUGAUACAUGCACAGAACAAUCAAGUUCAAGAAAUUCUCAGAAACUUCUCUCAGUAACUGAAGUCAGCUCUCCCACUGGGCCUACUGAAGAUAAUGACUUUGCUACUCAACCGUCUGGUAGAAGACACAGAGGAAAAAGAAAAGCAAUCUGCACCCCAGCAUUAGGUCAUCAUGAACUACUUUUGCCAACUUCCAGCACAUUGGAUGUUCAUAGGAGGUCUGAGAAGGAAAUGACCACAUACAAAUAUCAGAACAAAAAAUCAGUCACUCAUGGUAAGAAGAGAGAAAGUCAUCAGAAAGAGGACUCCCUUUCUUCCAGUAAUAAUGCUUACUUAGCUUUGGAUAAUGAUGUUUUCAUCGCUCCAUUUCAUAAGAGUGGAAUGCCAAGUUUAAAGCAACUGUCAUCUUUUCUCAAUAUCAGAGACUUUCAGUUACCUGAUGAAGACUUUGGGCCUCUUAAGCUUGAAAAACUGAAGUCUUACUCACAAAAACUGAUAGAGCCCUUUGAAUCAAAAAUAUAUGAAGAGAAGCGUCUGAAAAAGGGAAAUUGUCUUGUUCUAGAGAAACCAAACCAAACAGAUACAGAAAUGGAGGACUUAGAAGAAAACCUUAUUGUUCUACCAGGAAAAUCACAUCCCCAGAUGCCAGACCUAAAAAGCCAGCCUACAAAGAAGGGCUUUUCUCCAUCCAAAUUACUUUUCACUCCUUUAAAUACUGCUGCGCCUGAUGAUACUGACAGAACUAUAGCGGGCACAUGUUCACCUGCUUUCCCUAUCUUAGGUACCACUCCAGCUUCCGGCUCCCAAGCAUCCUGUGAAAAACUGUCUGCAGAGGUUGUUGGACGAACUUCCUCUACACCCAAACUUGGUCACUUGAAAGACACAGUCAGUCUUGUUAGUGGGAGUAAACGUUGCCAUCGUCCAGCCAACCCACCAAAACUGGAUGUGUCAGGUGGACAAAGGCAACUUGCCUGUUUCUGUGACUCUGUCCCCCAGGCAACACCUCUACUCAUGGAGUCACUCACUUUCGAGGAAAGUCAGCUCUGUGAAAAUACAUGCCAGGAGUUGCGUAAACAUUCCGUGGAACAGACUGAAAUACCAGAUCUUCCUGUUUGUGAUAGUUUAAACCCAGGCAAGCUACAAUUGGUUUCAAAGUUAAAGGAUCCUUCAUGUUCCUGUUCCGUGGAUGUGAGUGCUGUGUGGUGGGAAAGAACUGGUUUUAAAGAGCCAUGUAUCAUAACUGCCUGUGAAGAUGUAGUUUCUCUUUGGAAACCUCUGAACGUUUGGCAGUGGGAAAAAAUGUAUAACUGGCACUUUACAGAGAUUCCAGUAUUACAAAUAGUUCCAGUACCUGAUGUUUGUAAUCUUGUGUGUGUAGCUUUGGGAAAUUUGGAAAUCAGAGAAAUCAGGGCAUUGCUUUGUUCCUCUGAUGAUGAAAGUGAAAAGCAAGUAGUACUGAAAUCAGGAAACAUAAAAGCUGUACUUGGCAUAACAAAGAAGAGACUAGUUAGUAGCUGUGGGACCCUUUGUGAUCAACACAUAGAAAUCAUGACGUUUGCAGAAGAUGGAGGAAGCAAAGAAAAACAAUUUUUGAUGCCCCCUGAGGAGACUAUAUUAACUUUUGCUGAGGUCCAAGGGAUGCAGGAAGCUCUGCUUGGUACUACUGUCAUGAACAACAUUGUUAUUUGGAAUUUAAAAACUGGUCAACUCUUAAAAAAGAUGCACAUUGAUGAUUCCUACCAAACUUCAGUGUGUCAUAAAGCCUAUUCUGAAAAGGGGCUCCUGUUUGUUGUUCUGAGUCAUCCUUGUGCCAAAGAGAGUGAGUCAUUGGGAAGCCCUGUGUUUCAGCUGAUUGUGAUUAACCCCAAGACGACCCUGAAUGUGGGUGUGAUGCUGUACUGUCUUCCUCAAGGGCAGGCUGGAAGGUUCCUGGAAGGUGAUGUGAAAGAUCACUGUGCCGCAGCAGUCUUAACUUCUGGAACAAUCGCCAUUUGGGACUUACUUCUUGGUCACUGCACUGCUCUCCUUCCACCUGUCUCUGACCAAAAUUGGUCUUUCGUGAAAUGGUCAGGUACAGAUUCUCAUUUGCUGGCUGGACAAAAAGAUGGAAAUAUAUUUGUGUACCACUACUCAUAAGUUAGGGUCAGGUGAAAACAGUUUUCUGCAUAUAUUUGACCUCUUAGUAUUUUUGGACUUGUAAGUGUGAAGAAUACCUGAAUGACAUUUAAAAUAAUUACCUGUGCACAUGCAGACAGACUUGUUUUUUUAUUCUGGUGGUGGUGGCACUACUGAUCUGGAACAUUCAUUUAUACUUACUUUGCACAAGAGGGUUGUAGGCUGAUUUUUGUAAUUUCCCACAUUUGCACAUUUGCUUUUAUAAGGUGUACAUAAAGCUUAAAAUGUCAAUAAAUAUUUAUUUUGAUACAUUCUG